AUGGCGCAUUCAAAUAAAAUUAAAGCACUACUAUCUGAUUUGGGCAGAUCAACCAAAAGAGGUGUGAAAAAAUGUCCAUCAUGUGGAACAUACAAUGGAACAAGAACUGUGGCGUGCAAGAUGUGUGAUCUGAUGUUAAAACCAAACAAUAAAAGAGUUUCACCGUCUGAAGUGUGUCGUCUACUUACACCUUCGUCAAUGAUUUUUUCUUACAUAUCUUCUGAAAAUAUUGAUUUCGAAGAAAGAGGAUUUAUCCACUUUCCAGAUACUAAGAACAAAGAAAUCAACAAACUGGAUACUGGAAUUUGUUUAGUCCGUUCUUGUGGUGGUCGUUUAUUCGAUAGUAAUAUAAAUAUUCUGAAGUGUCAUGAAAGUGCCUUAAACACGAAUAUUCAAAGUGAACCUUGCAAACAUAUAGAUACUUGUUUUGAUUGUAAUACAAUUGGUGAAUCAUUGCAAAUUGACCAACAUGUUUUAGAAUCUUUUAGAGUUCCUCAAAAUGUAAAACAAGAAGUAUGGACAAAUUUUGUUGAUAAAAAAAAACCAUACUUACAACGUGUAUCAGAAAAUAUAUUUGUUGUCCGAUGCACAAUUACUACUCAAAACCCUUUGGGCUAUUUGCAUUGUAUCAUCGGAAAAUACAAUAGAUGCUUUUGUUGUACUACUACAUUGGUUACAGUUGAUCAAAUGAAUUGCAGUGAACUGUAUUGUCAAAAUAUUUUCACCAUAUUUUGUGAGUGCAAGAAACUAAAAGUGGAUGUCCCAGUUGCAUUGGCAGAAGAAAGUAAUGGACCAGUCACAUUUUUUGAUGAUCAGAUGAUUAUCUCUAAUGAAACGUGCGUCUUAGAAAGCAUUGCUCCUAAAUAUCAAAGAACAGUUCCAAACAUACUAUCGAAAAAACGAUCUAAAAGACCUCAAAACAACUCGAGAUUAAAGAAGAAAAGCUGUCACGAAGAACCACAAUUCAUAAACCCUAAUCCGGUGUUAAAUUUCGAAAAAUGGAUGUCUUCGGUUACAGAACGCAUCAACCAAGAAAUGCAUUAUCAAUUUGAUGGUAAUCCUCCGACCAUGGUGUUUCAUAUUCAUAAGACGUUUUUUGAUUGUUUGCGAGAACGUAUGUGUGUGGCUUCUCAAAAAAAACGUUUACCCAAUUAUACUUCGGUGUUUGUGAAGCGUGACUCAUUACCUUUAGGAACAUUCACAAAGCAUACUUGGCAUAUUACUAAUAUACUGAUAGUGAAGAAAAUUUUUGAAACACCUUUAGUACCUCUUAAUAUUAGUCGCAGUUUCAUCAGAAACAUAGAUGGAACAUACGAUACUUUUGAGCGUGAAAAGAAUGACUAUAUUAUACCAACCGAUAAAUUUCAUCAACUAAUACAACCAAAUGAUUUGAAGACAUUUCUAAAAGUUGGUAUUGUCAAUGAACAUCAAAAAGAACCAAUACCAUUUAUUAUCGAAUGGAUUCCCGAUGUUUCUUCCUAUAACUGA